AUUUCUGGAAUCUGACGAAUUCAUUUGUGCUCCAUGUUUCUGCAACGGGCGUGAUACUGACAGACUGAGCCCCACAAAGACAUGUCUAGAUACACUGCUGGACACAAUGUCAUAUAUUUCUGCUGCUCCCUACUCUCCUUUGUGCCUUCUUGCAAUGCUUUAAACGACGAUAGAUGUGAAAAACCUCCAAGAAGUGGCGCAGAAAUGUAUGGCCGACAUAUUGAACUGCGGGAUGUGUUAUUUGUGAUACAGAGUCAGAGAAACUCAUAUCACACCCAGAGGGCCGAACAAAGAAGAAAAGAAAUUCUCCAUCAGGCUCAGACUGUAACCCAGAGUUCACCAGAUGUUGUGCUCCUUCACAAGCUGUCACACUAUGAUGGAAACUGGAGCAUUCUUCCGGCACUGCCACGCCUUGCCUUGCAGUACUGUCAAACAUCUUUGUGGAUUAUGUUCUUGCAAGAAGAGACUAUCGUGAACUUGCACAACCUUCUGCAGGUGCUGAGCAGAUUCAGCCCAGGAAAGGAGUGGUUUCUGGGCAGAUCCCUCCAUGAUGAUGAACCAACAAUCAUCCACCACUAUGCUUUCUCAGAAGACCCCUACAGCUUCGCUUACCCUGACUUCAUGGCUGGCUGGGCCAUCAGCUGCCCCUUGGCUAAGCGAACUGCAGAACGUGUGAAUUAUGAGCCUCCCAAAUCGGAUUUUACGAUUGACCUUCAACAUGAGAUUGCCCUCUACAUUUGGGAGGAAGGGAGAGGUCCUACUUUGACUGCAGUGAAUGAGUUUUGUUCAGAGCUUCACGGCUCGUCCUCCGCAAAAUGCUGUGCUACAGCCGUCAACACCUACUUAUCGGCUUGUGGAAAACCUGUGCUGAAGGAGGACGUCUUUGUUGCUGUUAAAACAUGCCAAAGAUUUCACAGAGAUAGAGUUCCUAUAGUUAAACAGACAUGGGAAAAAGAUGCUGCCUCGCUGGAAUACUACAGUGACGUCACAGACUCAAUUAUCCCCACAGUCCACUUGGGAGUCCCUAACACAGAGAGAGGGCACUGUGAAAAAACAUUUGCCAUCCUGAGAAGGUUUGCCAGUGGAGCAGUAACACAAGCACCAUGGCUGCUUAUAGUGGAUGACGACACACUGAUCAGUCUGCCCAGACUGCGGAGGCUUCUGAGCUGUUAUGAUCCAACUGAAGCUGUGAGUGUUGGAGAACGUUACGGCUAUGGGCUUAGCAGGGAUGGCUACAGCUACAUCACAGGAGGUGGAGGGAUGGUGUUCAGUAGAGUCGCUGUUCAGAAUAUUCUGGCAGGUGGUUGCAGCUGCCGCAGUUCAGACGCCCCUGAUGAUAUGGUGUUAGGGAUGUGUCUGACCACAUUGGGGCUCCCAGUCACACACAGCCCACUUUUCCAUCAGGCCCGUCCAGAUGAUUAUGUGAAAGAGCUUCUGGCACGGCAGAGUCCAAUCUCCUUCCACAAACACUGGAACAUCAAGCCUGUGGCCGUUUACCAGCGCUGGCUUUCAGAGCCUGACCAGAGACCACACUGGCUCACAGACACCAGAGAGGAGCUGUAGACCAAGCAUAUGAGUGAGUGUGUGUGUGUGUGUGUGUUCGUGUUCAAACAUUCAUUUGAAAUCCUAGAAUUCAAAGGCACCAUAAAUUAAAAUGUACCUGGUAUAUAAACACAUUCAUUAUCUUACUUUGAGCUAUAUAUUUGUUUAUGUUUCUCCAAACAUUCAUCAUGUAAAAUGUUUUUGACCUUGUUUUUCCUCAUGAAUGUUUUAUUCAGGAGUGUAUUAUGUUAAAUUAGGUGAAUUAGGUUAGAUUGACUGUCAUAUUCUACACUGAAAAUGCAUACAUGCAAUAAACUCAAAUAACUUUUA